AUGUGUGGAAUCCUAGCGCUCAUCCUAGGCCACAUCGGCGACAACCCGAACGCACCCUGCAGAGCUGCAGCGGAUGUUCACAACGCCCUCUACUUCCUGCAACACCGAGGCCAAGAUGCGUGUGGAAUCGCAACUUGCGCGGCAGGAGGUCGUGUGUACCAGUGCAAGGGUAACGGAAUGGCUGCCGAUGUGUUCAAGUCGGGAAACCGUGUGCACGACUUGCCCGGUUCCAUGGCUAUCGGCCACCUGAGAUACCCCACUGCCGGUACAUCCUCGUCCGCCGAGGCACAACCGUUCUAUGUCAACAGUCCCUACGGCAUUGUCUUUGCUCACAACGGAAACCUCAUCAACGCACCUGAGCUGCGUGAGUUCCUUGACAAGGAGGCACACAGACACAUCAAUACCGACAGUGAUAGCGAGCUCAUGUUGAACAUUUUUGCUAAUGAGCUCAAUGAAACCGGCAAGGCCAGAGUCAACUACGAGGAUAUCUUCGCAGCACUCAGCCGAAUGUAUGCCCGUUGCAAGGGAGGAUGGGCAUGCACUGCCAUGAUUGCCGGAUACGGCCUUCUCGCUUUCCGCGAUUCCAACGGCAUCCGGCCUCUGGUCCUGGGCGAGAGGCCAUCAGACACACUCCCUGGAGCCAUGGACUACAUGCUGGCAUCAGAGUCGAUCGCCCUGAGACAACUUGGCUUCUCCAACAUUCGUGACAUCAAGCCUGGUGAGGCUGUGUUCUUGGGCAAGGGCAAGGAACCCGUCUUCCGCCAAGUCGAGGAGCCAAAAUCUUACAGCCCUGAUAUUUUCGAAUACGUGUACUAUGCAAGACCCGACACCACCAUUGAUGGUAUCAGCGUGCACAAGAGCAGACAGCAAAUGGGUUACAAGCUCGCAGACAAGAUUCGUCAAAUUCUGGGCGAGGAUGGCAUCAACGAAAUUGAUGCCGUUAUCCCUAUCCCGGAGACUGCCAACACAUCCGCGGCCUCGGUCGCAGAGAGUUUGAGGAAACCCUACUCUCAAGGCUUCGUCAAGAAUCGUUAUGUUUUCCGCACUUUCAUCAUGCCUGGUCAGAGUCAACGCCAAAAGGGCGUUCGCAGAAAGCUGAGCGCGAUUGAGUCUGAAUUUGAAGGACGCUGUGUCCUUUUGGUGGAUGACAGUAUCGUGCGAGGCACAACCAGUAAAGAAAUUGUCGUCAUGGCAAGAGAAGCUGGCGCGAAGAAGGUCAUCUUUGCAUCUUGUGCCCCUCCGAUCACACACCCUCACAUCUAUGGUAUCGAUCUGGCUAGCCCUGCUGAGUUGAUUGCUUCAGACCGCGACCGACACGCCGUAGCAAAGAUCAUUGGUGCCGACGAUGUCGUCUAUCAAGAUUUGGCCGACUUGAAGGCUGCUUGUGCGGAGUGCUCACCCGAGAAUGGUCCCAAGGAGUUUGAGGUUGGUGUCUUCUGCGGUCGCUACGUGACGCCAGUGCCCGAGGGAUACUUUGAUCAUCUCUUGGAGCUUCGGGGCAAGAAGCAGAAGCCCAUCUCUGCAGCAUCGCACUCUAACCCACAGACGGUAGCAAGCAGCGGUCCUACAAAUGGUGCUGGUCCCAACGGUGAGACUGUCCAAGACAUUGAGCAGCUUCGGACCACAGUCAUGUCUCCGUUGCAGCGGGAGGAUAUCAGUCUUCACAAUGUUGCAUCGCAAUAG